AUGGUGACAGCUACAGGUCCACUGACCACAAAGGUGGCGUCAGGGACACCCUAUCAACUUGAAAACAACCAGGUGACCCGAGCCUCAACCGCACUGUUGAAAUUUAUCAAAUCGCAGCAAAAGGAAAAGGAGGAAACAUCAACGAAGAAGACACUUAUUGGAGAUAACGAUGAUGCUUCCGACAACGAAGACAGUCCUGCUGUCAAUGAACCGGUCUGGCUUGUUGUGACAACCAAGAAGCAUGUGGCUGACAAGAACCGUUUGAAACCCGGCACAAUCACCAUUCCACACUCUCUCAAUUCGUCGCCUUCUCUAAGCAUAUGUGUCAUCACUGCCGAUCCGCAGCGUGCGGUCAAGGAAAUCGUUGCUGAUCCUACGUUUCCCUCCACCCUCUCGUCUCGCAUCACCAAAGUCAUUGGUUUCACAAAGCUGAGACAGCGUUAUAAGAGCUUUGAGAGCCGACGCCAGCUACUCGCCGAGCACGAUGUAUUCCUGGCUGAUGACCGGAUCAUCACACGACUGGUCGAGACUCUGGGCAAGAUUUUCUACAAGUCUAGCAAACGGCCCAUUCCCAUUCGCAUAGAACAGAUUGACAAGGUGGACGGCAAAAGAGUGAAGAAGGACGCCAAGAAGAAAAUCUCGAAAGACGAGCGCAAUGCCACGUUCGCAUCACCAAUAGUGGUCGCAAAGGAAAUCGAGAAGGCGCUCAACUCGGCCGCCGUUCACCUUGCCCCUGCUGCUACAACAGCUCUGCGCAUCGGAUCUAGCGGCAUGACGCCCCAGCAGCUGACCGAGAACGUGGGAGCUGUGGUAAAUGGGCUGACAGAGAAAUUCAUUACCAAAGGCUGGCGAAAUGUGAAAGCAAUUCACAUAAAGGGCCCCACUACGAUGGCCAUGCCCAUUUGGCUUGCGAGUGAAUUAUGGGUCGACGAGACUGAUGUCUUGGAAAAUGUCGAAAACGAGUCGAAGCAGAUUGAGGAUGGCAAGGCCGACAAGAAGAGAAAGACUUCGGAAGAGGAAGAAACCACCCAGAAGGUCUCCAAGAAAAGCAAGAAGUCGAAAGGUGCAGAUGACAAUGAAGAUUCUGCAAGGAAAGAGAAGCUUCGCAAGCAAAAAGCUCGAGCUCUUGAGGACCAAUAG